CACAGUGAGGAGAGCGCGGCGGCCGGAGUGGCAGUGGCAGCGUUCGUGUACUCGGGUCUGAAUCGCCGAGGGAGGAGGCAGUGGAGGAAGAGGUGGCGGCGGCGGCGGUGGUCGUAGCGGCGGCGGAGGAGGCGGGUACGAAUCAGCUGCGGGCGGAGACAUGGCCAACAUCGCGGUGCAGCGAAUCAAGCGGGAGUUCAAGGAGGUGCUGAAGAGCGAGGAGACGAGCAAAAAUCAAAUUAAAGUAGAUCUUGUAGAUGAGAAUUUUACAGAAUUAAGAGGAGAAAUAGCAGGACCUCCAGACACACCAUAUGAAGGAGGAAGAUACCAGCUAGAGAUAAAAAUACCAGAAACCUAUCCAUUUAAUCCCCCUAAGGUCCGGUUUAUCACUAAAAUAUGGCAUCCUAAUAUUAGUUCCGUCACAGGAGCUAUUUGUUUGGAUAUCCUGAAAGAUCAAUGGGCAGCAGCAAUGACUCUGCGCACGGUAUUGUUGUCAUUGCAAGCACUAUUGGCAGCUGCAGAACCAGAUGAUCCACAAGAUGCAGUAGUAGCAAAUCAGUACAAACAAAAUCCUGAAAUGUUUAAACAGACAGCUCGACUUUGGGCACAUGUGUACGCUGGAGCACCAGUUUCUAGUCCAGAAUACACCAAAAAAAUAGAAAACCUAUGUGCUAUGGGCUUUGAUAGGAAUGCUGUAAUAGUGGCCUUGUCUUCGAAAUCAUGGGAUGUAGAGACUGCAACAGAAUUGCUUCUGAGUAACUGAGGCAGAGAGGGAGAGCGCUGCUGAUAUUAGUCAAGCUUGCCCCUUCUUGAGGAGCAUCAACAUCUGUUAUUUUUAGGAUUCUGCAUAGAUUUCUUUUAAACUGGCAUUCUUGCCUAAUGAUGUUAUCUAGGCACCAUUGGAGACUGAAAAAAACAAAACAAAACAAAACCCUGCUCUGUAAAUAAAGCUAAUUAAACGUCUGUGUAAAUUUAAAAAGGGGAAAUACUUUAAUUUUUUUUUCUUAAUAGUGUAAAAAUUCUUUGAACUAAGCUAAAACCAUGGAAAAACAUGCUACUUUAGUGUUUAGCAGUGUACCAAGACUAGCAAGAGUUUGCUUCAGGAUUUUGUUGAAUAAUUAAGAUACUAUUUUGAGUGUGUCAGGGCCAUUCAUAUUGUUGGUGUUGCAUCAGAGCUACCUUAACCGUUUUUAACAUGGAUCCUCUGUGCCUGUGAAUUUACUUGCAUGCUUGUACUUGACUUUUUAGGGUAGGUAGCUGAAAAGACCACCACUUUAAGCAUUUGAGAAUUCUUGAAUAUGAGAUUUAUCCAGAUGAAGAUGAUGACCUAUUCAGAGCCUUUUUUGUCCUUGUCAACAGAUUGGGACACCCUAUUUUUCCCUUGUAUCACUCACAGCUAAUAGUCUAAUGGUAAAUUGCUUUGUAUUUGGUGGGGAAAUGUCCAAGGGACAGCAGUGUCCCUUAGUUCAUUUUUAGGUCAUAGGAAUGGAAUGUUUUGUCACAGUUCCUCAAGCACUUCUAAAGCUUUCUUAUGUAAGUAAUAAUGUAAAAAUGGAGCUGCCAAUUUUAUUUCUCUUGCAAAAACAGUAAAGUAACAGUAAAUACUUGAUGUUGCAAUAUUCCCAGAUUUAAUGAAAGAACCCAAUUUAGUUUUUCGGUAAAUUUGACAUCUUUCUGUUUCUAAAAUUGUCUUAGAUAAAAUUUUUCUUUGAAACUUGCAAGGAUGCAAUCAACUGCAGUAGGGUUUUUUUGUUUGUUUUAUGCCUAAAUUGAGGCUAUAUAGAGACUGCUUUAUUGGAUAUUUUAAGAAGUCACUCUUGCUUGCAUUUUCCCAUGAAACAUUAAAGCUGUGUUGGUGUUCUACUGUACAUAUUUCAGAUGCACAUAAGAAUAGAAGUGUGUUAUAAAUCUAGCUUUCUUUAUGAUGUUUCUGAUAUGAGAAUUGAAAACUUUACCUUCUCCUGUACAGUCAUACUUUCUAUUCGUAUUAAAGUUACAUUUCAUUCUAAGUUCAAAAGUUUGAAAAUUACUAGUUUUGCAGGCUGAAGCACUAAUGUGACCGUUUCAUGAAGGUUGAAGUAGAUUUAUGCAGGCAGUCCUAUACAAAGAAACACAAUUCUUAUUAAAUAACAAAAUGUAAUGGAUUCAGAUUGAAUUAAAAUAAGGCUGUAUAUUGAAAGUCAUAUUAUAAAAGGUUUGUUUUCUCUAGUUAUUUAUCCUAAAUUAUAAUGGUUAAAAGUGUUUCAAAAAUAAUUUUUUGAACCAUCACUUCAACGUAACUUCAUUUGACUUCUCAAUAAUCUUGAAACUUAGAAGCAAUAAAAUAAUCAUUAUUAAAUAUAUUAUAUUGUUAAGGAUGUGAAGGUUCUUCCAAAAACUUGUAAGGCUUUCCUACUCAAUAGUAAACUCUUGUGGUUGAUAUUACUGCAUACUAAACACAAGUUGCUAUGUUUUUUCCCAAUGUUUGUUUAAACAUAAAUUUCUUUAUACAAUCACUUCCUUUUAUUGUUGUAGUAUAGUUAUUUUCUAAAGAUGCCAAAGGAAACAAGAUUUUUAUUUAUUUUAAGCAGUUAAAAUCUUGUACUUUAUAGUUUGAAGGAAGUUAGGAUUGUGUGAAAAUGUGAUCACUUUUGCCCCAUGUUGGUUAUAAUUAAUUUUCUUUUGUGGAAGACGGCUUGGUCAUAUUAGUAACAUUUGGAUUUUUCUUUUAAUGUCAAACACAUCUACUUAGGUUACUACUUGCCUAUAUUAUCAGGGUAUAUUGUCCUAUGGUUAGACAAAGGAGAGAGAGAACUCAGAACUGAAAGACAAGCAUUGCAUACUUUGCUCUUGGAGGCAGCUGUAUCUUGCCUUUGAUUUUUAUACACCUACUUAAUCUAAUAUUCCCAAUGCCCAGGAAAUUGGAAAGUGUGAUGAUAUUUGGUUUGAGAGGUUCUCCAUAAUGGAUUCUUCAUUAUAAAAAAUUAUUUACCUCAUUUAUAUUUAAUAUGACAACCGCUUUUUCCUUUCUGGUACGUUUCCCUCUGUCCUUUUGAUUUUUGUUGCUUUGUUUGCUUUUUUUCACUUCUCUACAGGUUGAUUUAUUUACCCAGUAGAAACUAAGGCUUUUGGUUUUUUUCUCUGGUCUUAAAUGUUUGAAACAAGGACACUAUAGGUGCAGAUCUAGGAAAGAGAUACCGUGGCAGAAAUUAUUUUUAUAAUUCUUGAUGUUUGAGAUUUUUUAGUUUUAAAGGCCUCAAAAAUUAUGGCUUUAAAAAAUGCAGUUAAGUCCCAUUUAGGGCAGGCAGAUUUGCUCAAAUUCUCUACACUCUAAUAGGCUUUUAUUGCAUCAGGUCUAUUUCAUGAGUAUGUGCCUGACUUUUAUAAGAAGAGAUAAUAGUUGUAUAGUAUUUCAGUACAGAUUUCUGAAUGAAUGAAUAGCAGUUUGUGACCCAAAUAAAUACAUAGUAGUAUAUAAAUAUUUGAGGUAAUUGAUACUAAAUUAGAUACUUUCAGUUGGCUCUCCCAAAUAUUAAUAGAAUUGUGGCUAUGGUUUACUGGAACACAUAACAUGUCCAAGGAUAUAUAAAUUUUUGGAAUCUUGAGUAUUUUGCUUUUGAGGAAAGUAGUCUAUGAAAUGAAAGUAGGACUCAUUUUUUUCUUUUUUUGGGGGGGAAAUAUAUCACAGCUGUGAUUGUUGGUGGCACUUAAAACUAUGCAAAAAAAAUUUUAAGUAUCUUUGGAAGAAUUGGCUAUUAAAGUGGAUUUUGCUUCUUUAUGCACUACAGAACACAGCAUAUUGUGUUAAUGUUUAAACUGCUUAAUAAGUUAAUCAAUGUGAAAUGCAGAUCUUUGUGAAAAUUAUAUGCCUGAUUUAGUCUUUUAAAACUGCAGUAGGGAUAUGCUAAUAUUUCCACAAUCCUGUGUAUGUCCACAGAAAAUUAAGAAUUUUUUUUGUUUUAAAGAUUUAAGAUGGAUUUGGUCAGGAAAGAGUUGAAGGCCAGGUAUACCUUCUUGUACGUAGAUGGAAGCAGUGUUUGGAUAUGAAAAUGGAAGCCGUCUGUUUACAGUGUAUGUCAUGAACUUUUACAAAAUGGUGUUGUAUUAAUUGCUUUUUCUAGUUUAAGCAAUUUCAAUUCCAGGGUACAAACCGUUGAUUAAAAAAUUUGCAUUUCCAUUCUUUUAGUACCAUUUUAAAAUAAAUGCCUAAUGUCAGCCUGUUUCUGUCACUGGGGAAGAAGGCAACUUGAAGUAUUUGCUGAUUAAUAGCCUUUUUUCCAAGUGUGACUUCUGCAGUGUCUACAUAUUAUGUCACAUGUUCUGUUUGCAUUGUUGCAAUAUGGAUAAAAAAUCUUGUGGCAUAGGGGUAAGGGAGUAUCAGUAGCUCCUUUGUCCCAUUUGUUCUGUUACGCUUUAUUGAACUGAUCUGCCCUCAUAAAUCUGUGAUCAUCAUCUAAAUGUAAGUUGUGAUUGUGUCACCUCUUGCUUGGUUAUUUCAACCAUGCUGCUAAACAUAAUUAGGUGUGGCACAGUUUUUCAGUUCAGUUCUAAGGGAUGAGUGGAUACAAAUCAUUGCACUGUGCUGUUAAAGAUCCUUGUCUGCUUGCUGUUACAUACUUUUUACAGGCAUCAUAAUAAAAGCUAGACUAUUUCUUUGGGGGGAAAGAGACUUAUUUAAUGUAAUUUAAAGACUUUUCCAAUAGAAAAUACUAUUGAAAAUAUUAUCUAUUUUUUAGCUUUCAGCAAUUGAUGGUGCUUUGUUUGUGGUGUCUGCUGGAAGCCUACUGCCAUUAUAGGGAUUCUCAUUAACCUCAUUGAGAAAGGACCUUGCUUGUUAGCUUCUCUAGAUCUCUGUUCUAAACAAUCUGUUAGUGAUGAUACAUUCUGUAGGAGGGUCUAUUCUGAGCCAUAAACUUCCUGUGAGGGGAAAAUGGGUGGGUUACCAGAAAGACCAUUGAAACAGGGUGGGCUGUGGGUGGAGGGUUGGGUAUUUGUCUUGAGAAUUAAAAACUACGAAACACUUUUGUACACAACUGAUUUUUUAAAAAAAUAAUAAACACAUUUUUAAA